CCAGGUUCCUUGCCAGGGAGGAGGAGAAAUCCAUCUGCCUGGGACUGAGUGUGGCCUGAGGGACAGGCCAUAGGUCCUGGAAUGCCCCUGCCUGAGGCCAGCGAGCAGGAGGGCGAGAGCGUGAAGGCCGGCCAGGAGCCAUCCCCUGAGCCGGGCACGGAUGUCGUCCCGGCAGCCCCCAGCAAGCCCGAGGAGUUCUCCAAACUGGUCCUGCUGACGGCCUCCAACCAGGGUGGGGAUGGAGUGGACUCCAAGCCCAGAGGAGUGCGCUGUAUCGUGUCCCUGGAGACAUCUGGCCCCACCAUCCUUGCCAGCACUCUGCAGAUCCUGCCAGCUGAGGAGCAGGGGGACGCAGUCCAGCCAGGUCCCCAGACCCCUGAGCAGAAAUGCAGCAAGCAGGACACAGCAGCCCCCAAACCCCUGGAGUUCCUGAGGACCCCAUUCGGGGGCCGCCUCCUGGUGUUGGAAUCAUUCCUGUACAAACAAGAGAAGGCCGUGGGGGACAAGGUGUACUGGAAGUGCCGCCAGCACUCAGCGCUGAGCUGCCGGGGCCGGGCCAUCACCCGAGGCCCAAGGGCCACCGUGAUGCGGGACCACUGCCACCCGCCUGAUGAGGAAGGCCUGGAGGCCCGGCGCCAGAAGGAGAAGCUGCCCAGCCUGGCCCUGCCCGAGGGCUUGGGGGAUCCCCCGGGUCCCGAGGGUCCUGGAGGCCGAGUGGAGCAGCCGCUCGAGGGGGUGGGCCCCUGGCUGUGCCCUGAGGAGCCGGAACCCACCCCUGGGCCGGUGCUGAGCAAGCCAGCCCUGGAGGAAGAUGGGGGACCCCGAACCCUGUCGCUGCUGAGUCUGCCCCCCAAGAAACGCCCGACACUGGGGAUGGGACAGGCCCGGUCCCUCGAGUUCCUAAGGACGUGCUACGGGGGCAGCUUCCUGGUGCACGAGUCGUUCCUCUACAAGCGGGAGAAGGCCGUGGGCGACAAGGUGUACUGGACCUGCCGGGACCACGCGCUGCACGGCUGCCGCAGCCGAGCCAUCACCCAGGGCCAGCGGGUGACCGUGAUGCGCAGCCACUGCCACGCGCCCGACGUGGAGGGCCUGAAGGCCCGGCGGCAGCAGGAGAAGGCCAUGGAGACGCUGCAGGGCAGGCUGGACGGGCCCGAGGGCCAAGUGGACAAGCUGCUCCAAGGCGUGGACAGUCUGUGCUACCGCAGGGGGCCAGGGACCCUGACCCUCACCAGGCCUGGGCCCAGAAAGCGAGCCAAGGUCAAAGAUCAGGAGCCUCCGGCCCAGCCCCGUGCCCUGGAGGGAUCCCACGAAGAAGACCAGGACGCAGAGCCCGGAGGCCCCGAGUUCCUGAGGACCCCGCUGGGGGGCAGCUUCCUGGUGUACGAGUCGUUCCUCUACAGGCGGGAGAAGGCUGCAGGGCAGAAGGUGUACUGGACGUGCCGGGACCAGGCCCGCAUGGGCUGCCGCAGCCGGGCCAUCACCCAGGGCCGGCGAGUAACCGUGAUGCGUGGCCACUGCCACCCGCCCGACCUGGGGGGCCUGGAGGCCCUGAGACAGCGGGAGAAACGCGCCAGCCCGUCGCCGAGGGGGAGUCCAGGAGGCCCCGAGUUCCUGAGGACCCCGCUGGGGGGCAGUUUCCUGGUGCACGAGUCGUUCCUCUACAGGCGGGAGAAGGCCACGGGAGAGAAGGUGUACUGGACCUGUCGGGACCAGGCCCGCAUGGGCUGCCGCAGCCGGGCCAUAACCCAGGACCGCCGGGUGACCGUGAUGCGUGGCCACUGCCACCCGCCCGACCUGGGGGGCCUGGAGGCCCUGAGACAGCGGGAGCAGUUCCCCAAUCUGGCCCGGUGGGAAGAAGGCCCAGAAGCCCUCCGGCCCCUGGAGUUCCUGAGGACGUCCCUUGGGGGCAGGUUCCUGGUGCACGACUCAUUCCUCUACAGGAAGGAGAAGGCCGCCGGGGAGAAGGUGUACUGGAUGUGCCGGGACCAGGCUCGGCUGGGCUGCCGCAGCCGGGCCAUCACCCAGGGCCAGCGGGUGAUGGUGAUGCGUAGCCACUGCCACCUGCCUGACCUGGCGGGCCUGGAGGCCCUGAGACAGCGGGAGCAGCUGCCCAGCACAGCUCAGCAGGAAGACCCAGAGGUCUUGUCUUUUCACAGCUGGCAGUGUCUCACAUGGACACCCCAGACGGACGCAGGGUUUGUGGGUGCCAGUAAGACUUGUUCUCCUGAAAGCCAGCAGACUUACGGGAACACGGAAGAUGUAAAAGCAGACAGCGAGUCCCAGUGAGGCGGAUCUCCUCCCACACGGGCAGAGGAUGCCCGUGCCGCCA